ACAGCUGAACGGGUCGUGAAGGUACAGCAGCGCAGUCCGGAACAUUAACAACAAUCAUUACAAACUCCCGUCGUAAAGAGAAGCACCGACAGAUUUCACCGCGUGACGCCUUUCUCCACCAACCGGCGGACGUGUUUUACUUUAUCUGAGGACGGUAACCGUUAAACCUUGCGGAUAUUUUUUUUUUGUUCUUUUUCCACCGAGAGAGAGAGAAAAAUAUCGGUGUCCGGAUGUGCCAGUAGUGUUGGGUUUUUCGCAUGGCGUAGGCACCUUUUCUAAAGCGGGAUAUUCUUGAUGUUUGGUGGGUCGGAGGAGGCCCCCGGGUCGACAGUUUAUCCCACUAACGCACACUACAGAAGUCCACAUUUACCGUUUUUGUGGAGGAAAAAGAUCAGCGACAUGAUUGUGCAAUAGAGAGGAAGAAGCGCUGUACGUCUUGACUACCUCGGUGCUGACUGUGGAGAGAGAGAGAGAGCGAGAGAGAGAGAGAGCAAGUCACCAGGGAUAAAUUGUGUAUUUGUUUCCUCCUCUAAACCCCAGCAACGACGUGUUUUCAGAGCUUGUGAGAGCUGUUACAAAGGAGACGAAAAGAGGGAAUAUUUGUGUGCUUGCCUUGUGUGUGUGUGUGUGUGUGUGCGCGCGCGCGUGUGCGUGCGUGCUUGUGAGAGUGAACCCCUCCGAGGACCGGGUAAACCUUCGCGAUGACGGGCAGCACCCCAGCGGACAUGAUAAACCUGCGGCUUAUUUUAGUCAGCGGGAAGACGAAAGAGUUCCUCUUCUCUCCCAAUGACUCGGCUGCAGACAUUGCCAAACACGUCUAUGACAACUGGCCGAUGGACUGGGAGGAAGAGCAGGUCAGCAGUCCUAACAUCCUGAGGCUGAUCUACCAGGGACGUUUUCUGCACGGCAACGUAACACUAGGAGCCCUCAAACUGCCCUUGGGGAAGACCACAGUGAUGCAUUUAGUUGCCAGAGAGACUUUGCCUGAGCCAAAUUCCCAAGGUCAGAGGAAUAGAGAGAAGACCGGGGAGAGUAACUGCUGUGUCAUUCUGUAAAUACACACCUCCGCUGCCGGCCCCCCACCCCC